AUGGCCACUGUCAAUGGCAGCCAUGCCGACUCUAGUUCAACAUAUACAUCAACGUCAUUAGAUCAUCAGCAUAACCAAAUAGCCCAGCAGCUCAAACAACCAAGUUUUGAAAUUGAACCUGUCCAAUUACAGUUUGAAUUGCACUACAAGUUACAACAAUUGCUAGUAUGUAAUAACUUUAUGUUUCUUGUACUUGAUGGAAUUGUAUAUAAGAUUAACUUAAACAAUCCAACUCAAGUGAACACAUACCGAGUUGAUACUGGGAAAGUAACUAGUGCGUGGCUCCAUCCCAAUGGACAACACUUGAUUAUUCAACUUGAUUAUGUGAGUUAUUACUACUUGUAUGAGUCAUACAGUCAAUUGAAACCAUUGCCUAAGUUAAAAGGCAUUCAAUUUGAUAGAUUGGUAUUUGCUAAAGAGGAACCAGUGUUUGUUGGUUCUGGCGAAGGUCAGGUUUACCUUGGGUUGCUUAAACCUCAUAAUGACUUUAGGAAACGCGAUGAUAAGUUUCUAAAACAAGUGUAUAAGUUGGAUGCAGUUUAUGGAAUUAGUAUUGAUAACCAAAUUAACAUAGUUGGUACUGGCAACUUGUAUACCUGGGAUUAUUUUGAUUGUACAUAUGGUGAAUUGCUUAAUACGUUCAAGACAAAUCCUACAAUCACUCCUAUAGUCAAGGGAGAAUUGUUUGAGACAAAUGGGAGUGAAUUUGUAUUUGUCAACAGCACUGGCCAAUUCUAUAGCAAUGACGAAAAAGUAAGGCUUUCCCUGAUUGACCAAUUACAACCAAUAAAGAACCUCGUCUUAGCUUCACACCACCUUAUUGGCUUGACCAACACGGAUAUACUCAUAUUCAACAAACUUAAACUUAAUUCAAUGAGACAACUACAAUUAAAAGAUUACAUUACCGGGAAGGUUUUGGGAAUAACAGCUGACUAUACAUCCAGCACUUAUUGGAUCUAUACUUCCAACUCAAUCUAUGAAUUAAUUAUUGAAAAUGAAUCAAUUCUGAUUUGGUAUGACUACUAUAAGCUAGGAAAGUUUAACGAGGCACUAGCAUUGCUUGAGCAGCAAGAAAAUUCAUUCUUUCAAAAAGACCUAGUGUUGAUUAAACAAGGAUAUGACUAUUUAACCAAGGGUGGAUUCGGGAUUGACGAAUAUACUCCAGAAUUACUUCAAUUACAAUUGACUGGGAUUAAAAUAUUGGCAAAACUGACUGAACCAUUUGAGAAAAUAUGUCUUAUGUUAUUGGAAAGUUCUAAUCAACGUUUACUUGUGGAAUAUUUGUUGAUUAAAUUUAAUAUGGCAAAGAGUGAACACAAUAAGAUUAGAAUGAUUGUAUUGAGUAGCUGGAUAAUUGAAUUGCAAUUAAGACUAAAGGACUCUCAAUUGGAACAGUUUAUACAAUCUAAUUACAAGUACUUUGACAAGGAAACAGUUUAUGAGAUUAUGAUUGAUUUAAAUUGCAAGGAUAAACUAGUGGCUUACGCUGAACUUAUUCAAGACUAUCAAUAUAUAUUGAAGUAUUACAUUAACAAUCAAGACUGGCUGAAUUCAAUAAAGACAUUAGUAAAGAUUUAUACUGGUGAUGAGUAUGAAUUGGUAUACCAGUACUCCACUAUACUACUCCUUAAUUAUCCAAAAGUAACCAUUGAAACCUGGCUAAGAUUUACCAAACUAGAUUAUGAAAGGUUUCUUCCUUCAAUUUUGUCAUAUUGUAAACAAAAUCACAGCACCACCAGCAACUAUGCCAUACAAUUUCUUCAAAAAGUGAUCUAUGACUUACAAGGAUACAAAAACAAACAAUUGAAUAACCAUUACUUGUCAUUAUUACUUCAAUAUCCUGACACCACCAAAUCAGUUAUCAAGUUUAUCAACUAUACCAAUAACUAUGACACCCAGUUUAUUCUUCGACUUUGUAUAAACCAUAAACAAAUCCAUCCAGCGAUUGUUAUACUCAUUGAAUUAAACUUGUAUGAACAAGCAUUGGAUUUGGCACUCGAUCAUGAUUUAAUCGAUCUAGGUGAAUUUGUCUUGACCAAAUAUGAAGAUUACAUCAAGAAGAGUGAACAAGAACAACAGGAAGAAAGCACCAGUAUUAAGUUGGAACUGUCCAAUUACAAUACUCAUAAGAAGCUUGUACUUAAAUUCAGCAAGCAUUUAAUUGAUUGGGUUUAUGAAGGGAAAAAAGUAGGGAUAGCUGAUAUUGACGAAUCUGACGAUAAACUUAAUAAGGUUCUUACGUAUAUUCUCGACUUGACUAAUGUUGUAAGUUUGAAAGAUCUUCUUCCACUAUUCCCAGAAAAUGUCAUGAUAAACAACUUUAAGCUGGAGAUUAUAAAAUCAAUGAAUGAAUACAAUUCGAAAAUUAACCAGUUAAUACUUGAAAUGAACGAAUCGUUACAAAUAUCUACCAAAUUAAAGCAACAGCUUCGCCAAUCAGAUAAUGGAAAAGUUUAUUCUAUUAUUGAGCCAGGUGAAUCAUGUAAAUUGUGUGAUCAAGUACUUAUAUCACGAAAGUUUAUCUACUUUAGCAAUUGUCAUCAUGGUAUUCACAAGGAUUGUUUGAUUAGAUAUUACUUCAAACAAAAGAAUAAUUACAAGUUUAAAAAGAUUUAUCACAAUUACCAAAAGAAUGAUGUCAAGCAGGAACUCGAUGAAUUGUUGACCCAACUGUGUGUUGUUUGCAAUGAGGUUAAUAUUAGCUCUAUUGAUAUUGGUUUAGUUGAUGAUAAGGAUGAAGAGUUGGCAAAAUGGGAACUAUAG